AUGAACAAAACCUAUGCCCUGGUGGAGGUCCUGGAAGGAGAACAGAUUCAGCUGCUGCCUCUGUCCAGCAGUCACCUGGACGUGUACUCUGGUCCUGGGAUGAAGGCUCCAGGCAUCGCCAUGACCAGCAACUCCUGCCCCGCCAACCUCACCAUCAAGCGCGAGCUGACAGGCGCAGAAGCUCGAGCCGUGGCCAAAGAGAGACAGAAGAAAGACAACCAUAAUCUCAUUGAAAGAAGGAGGAGAUUCAACAUAAACGAUCGUAUCAAGGAGCUGGGCACAAUGAUUCCCAAAACCAAUGACCUAGACGUGCGCUGGAACAAGGGCACGAUCCUGCGGGCGUCGGUGGAGUACAUAAAGCGCAUGCAGAAAGACGUGCAGAGGACGCGGGAGGUGGAGGGCAACUACAAACGCAUGGAGAUGGCCAAUAAACAGCUGCUGCUACGUAUACAGGAGUUGGAGAUGCAGGCGCGGCUCCACGGCCUCCCCAGCUCCUCCCCCUCAGGCAUGAACCCGGCCGACCUCAUGGCCUCCUUCAUCAAACAGGAGACGAGCCCAGAGGAGGCCCUGAACCACGCCCAGGCCCAGGGGCUCCACCCACACCUCCAGCACAACCACAGCCAGCAGCAGCAGCAGCAGCAGCAGCAGCAUCAGCAGCAGCAUCAGCAGCAGCAGCAGCAGCAGCAGCAACAGCAGCAGCAGCAUUACAUGGGCUCACAUCUCCACAACCAGGCCCUUCACCAUCAGCAGCCCAUGCACCAGCAACAGCCCCCCAUCCAGUACCCGGCCGUGGGCAGCUCUCAAUAUGACUAUACCUCCCCGUUGGACUUUGGAGACGGGAUUGCAGGCUUCUCCGAUGGCAUGGUGGGCCUCGGGGAUCUGGUGGGAGUCGACGGCCAGGGAAGGAGAGGCGAUCUGGGCUUCUUGAUGAUGGAUGAGCCCCUGUCGCCCAUGGGGGGAGACCCACUGCUGUCCGCCAUGUCACCGGAGGAGUCGGUGGAUUCGAGCCGGAGAUCCAGCUUCAGUAUGGAGGAUGGGGAUGUUAUGUGA